UCCCUCACUCUCUCCCUCUUUGCAUCUCUCUCACUCACACACACAUUCUGGCUCUUUUCUGCUCUCAGUCUCCACUCCAGCUGUCUCGUUCUCUUAUUCCCUCUUCCCACUCUGUUUUUUUCUCCUCCUCUUUGCUUCUCUUUUUUUCCCCUCACACACAAGCAUACAGAUGCACACACACAUCUCCUCUCUCUCCUCCUCUCCUCGUAUCCACCGGCAACUGCGCUGAGGAGCCUCCCUCACCAGCCUGUGGAUCCCUUCACUUGACUAAUUAGCCUUGAAGUGCUGUUGAAGAUCAUCAUAUUUAGCUUAGCGACCUAGCGGCAGAGUGCAGACAGAUAUAGACUAGGCUGACUGGAGGCUGGGUGCCUGGCAGUGUGGCAAGCUCUCUAUCUCUCUCUAUUCACACUCAGUGCCGAGGGCUUCUCAGUGGCAGAGCGGCGGAAGUGAGGGUGGUUUUGCUUUGAAAGAGACGAGAAGGGGGAACAGAGAAAAAAGCAAAGCUGAGACCACAACGCAACCACAGAAUGGGAGUCCGCUGCAGGAGCAAAUCCUCCUAGAGACGGAGACUUGGAGGGAGGCAGCAGUCACUGUGCAGCAGCACUGCUUCAAAGAUACAGAAAUUUAAGAUGAUUGGCAGUCAGCUGUCAGCACAGAGGAGGGUGAUGAGGAACCUUCCUGAUGACAAAGAGCUGCAGAAGACCAGCACCUACAUUGUGCCCUGCUUUCUCUUUGUGGAGCUGGUCAUCAUGGCAGGGACCGUUCUCUUGGCGUACUACUUUGAGUAUACGGACACGUUCCCCGUGCACAUCCAGGGCUUCUUCUGCUUUGACAAAUCCUACUCCAAGCCGUACCCAGGACCAGAGGACAACAGCAAGGCGCCGCCUGUCCUCGUCUACUCCCUUGUCACCGCCAUCCCCACUGUGACGAUUCUGAUCGGGGAAGUGACCAGCUUCUUCGUGAAGACAGAGGGUGCUCAGGAGAAGACCAUAGUGACCGCUGAUUGCUGUUAUUUCAACCCUCUCCUCCGGAGGAUCGUACGUUUUCUGGGUGUCUACUCCUUCGGCCUCUUCACCACCACCAUUUUUGCCAAUGCAGGUCAAGUUGUGACAGGAAAUCAGACGCCUCAUUUCCUGUCUGCAUGCAAGCCAAACUACACAGCUCUGGGCUGCCAGUCUCCGCUGCAGUACAUCACAGAGCGUCGAGCCUGCACAGGAAACCCAUACCUAGUGGUGUCCGCCCGCAAAUCUUUCCCCUCCAAAGACGCAGCACUCAGCUUUUAUUCAGCCAUCUACACAGUGAUGUACGUGACCCUGGUGUUCAGGACCAAAGGGACCCGUCUGACUAAGCCCACUCUGUGCCUGGUGCUGCUGUCUCUGGCUGUGCUGGUGGGGGUGUUGAGGGUGACUGAACACAGAAACCACUGGAACGAUGUACUGGCUGGGUUUGUUACCGGAGGAGCCAUCGCUGCCUUCCUGGUGUCAUGUGUGAUCAACAAUUUCCAGCCAACCCAGAUUGCAAUACCGACUCCUCCACCCCCACAGCGUCAAGAACCCCCCAUGGGGCUGCCUCUUCUCAGCCUGCCCCGCGUGGAAAGUCCACUCGAAAAGUUAAGUGGCCUCCAGGCUCCAGGGCUACCGUAUUCUGAGAUCACAUGACCAUCAGCCAAUCCCGUCCCCCACCCCUCCCGAUGUGCUCCUCCCCUCACGGCGGUGCCUCACCAGCGCAGUCUAGACCUGCCCUCUGAAUGCCCCCGACCCUGCCCUGCCCACCCCGAAGGACGACAUCCUCUCCGACGAGUCAAGUCCACCCAGGUCUGACGGUCCACUCCCGAACUGUCCAAUCACAGGAGGCAGAACAGCAACAAGUGCACAUGGCGAGCAUGGCUGAAACCUGUCAUCCGCUAAGGACACAAUAGGAGAUGGAUACAUGUCCUUCUGUCCUUUUUGUCCUGUUUGUCCUCCAAGAUGGCCUCCUUUUUCUUUCAGGUGUAAAAGAACCAAUGAAAGACUCGCCAAAGCCAGAGCUGUUGAAGCAAUAAUAUUUGCUUGUCCUGUUUUCCAUAAAGACCCAACAGUGACUCUAAAGACUGUUGGCUGGUGAUGACUUGACAAAACACUUGAUCAAAACAAAAACCUCGGUGGAGCUGAGCGUUUUUUUUUUUAAAUGAUCGAAGAAAAUCCCAAUCACUGGUGGAUCGUCCUCAGAAGACCAUUUUGUAACACUCAGGACAAUACAAUGGGAAAAUGAACGACAUUAAAGACCUUUAUGUAAUCAAAAUGCAGGCACCGUCAAGUAUUAUGGUAGAGAUUUUUUUUGUCUGUCCUCAAAACUAACUAAAGAGACGCUGUCAAAGAGGAAAGCACUUUUGUAAAUUAUAGCACAGUUGAACCAAUUUAGUGUUCAGUAAACUGUGUUGUAUCUUAUUUGUUUUGGGGAAUAUGGGUCUGAUCUCUUGCUGUAUAUCGUGUGAAGUGACAGAAGAGAUUUCUACACUCUAGAGCUGUGCUUGUGAUACCACAUUUGUUUUGGGGCAUCAGUUAAUUCAUCCCUGAAGUGAACUGAACUAGAUUUUCAUCCAUCAACUUUUCCAAAUAUAUUUUAUCUACUUACUGUUCAGGUGUGUGUUUAUAAGUGUCUGUAGAUUUUACGUCCAUGCUGUGAAGUAUUUGGAAAGUUUUAUCAUUUGACUUACUGCCUAUUCCUGUGUGAAGUUCUUUGUUCAUGUUUGCACAAAAGUCUCUCUCUUUCCUUUACCCCUUCAACACGUUCAUGCCUCCUUUUAUUAUUUAAAUGACUGUAUCUAAAUGUUCAUGUAUGCCUUUGCUUUCCAAAAUGAACGUUUUAUAAGACUAGUAUGGCAUCAGUUGUUGAUGCUACUGUUUAUCCAUCUGUCCUAUUAUUUCCAGAUUUUUCUGUUUCAGUCCACCAUCUUUUUCUCACACUGACUUAAGAAAACCAAUGGCACAGACCAGUGUGUAACACAGAGGUAAGACCUCUGAGUUUUGUAUAGUUUUGUACAGUAUAUAGGUUUCUUUACGCAGUAUAUACUACAUUAUGUUUAAAUCGUGUGAACAAUGUGAAGCUACCUGAGGCUGUCUUGCAGGAACAUGAGUAGUAGCCUGGUCUUAAGCAGGAAUGUAGCGCAGUGGAGAAAUGUGUGAAAUCUAACAGCAUACAGCCGGUGUGUUUGGCUCACAACUUGCUUUGGUUCUGCUCAGUUCAAAAAGACACUGCAGGCGGGUUAGUAUACUAGUAGGAGAGUUCGCAAUGGGUUAUAUAAAGAAGACAUUGCUAUGGUUUUAUUAGGUGUGAGUGUACAUGUGUGUGUGUGUGUGUGUGUGUGUGUGUGUGUGUGUGUGUGUGUGUGUGUGUGUGUGUGUGCGUGUGUGUGUGCUUAUUGGGAUUUGUGUGUAUGUUUAUAAUGAGCACAUUGUAUGGCAGCAUAACUGUUAAUUUGGCAAUCUGUUUUCUUAAGUUAAACUGUCAAAAGUAGCUGCUAUAAUUACACACUUGUGCUUGUGUGUAACUUCAGGCCUUCAAAGGACCCCUGCCAAGGCGUCCUAACAAUGCCUGUUAUAGCAGAAGGUUACAGUAAAACUUUUCAGUCAGAUUUUUUUUUUUUAAACAACUGAAGAGGUAGAGAACAACAUAACUGUCCAAAUAAUGUUAUUUUCAUGUUAAAAUGUCUCUGUUUUGUAUUUAUUUACCAAAAUAAAUUGCAAUUACCACA